ACAGGGCGCAACCGACCGGAAGCAGCAUGACGUUCCUAGAUUCCCAAAACAUGUUGACACCCGGUUCAGCUACAUGACAGAGACGCGCUCAAUCUGCGUUGUCUAGCAAUCUAAAUAACAAGAGUUACAGAUCUUCAAGUAAACAUGGAUUACAGGUAGACCAAUCACAGGCUUUCCUUGAGCACUUAUGAUGUCAUCAGCCUGUAAUACAGGAGCAUCUGCUGGUGGAGGAGGAAGUGUUGUCAUGGAGACGUCCAACUUCGCCCAUGCCAUCUUCCAGAAUGUUGGGAAAAGCUUCCUCCCGCAGACAGCACUUGAAUGUCAUUACACACUCACCCCCUUCAUCAUCCCACAUCCCAAAGACUGGGUUGGCAUCUUUAAGGUGGGCUGGAGCAGUGCAAGAGACUACUACACGUUCCUCUGGUCUCCCAUGCCUGAAAACUACACUGAGGGAUCCACUGUUCAUCGAACCAUCAUCUUUCAGGGUUAUUAUGUUCCCCGUAGUGAUGGUGAGUUUUAUCAGUUCUGCUACGUCACACACACGGGUGAAAUCAGAGGUGCGAGCACGCCAUUCCAGUUCCGCCCAGCCACGCCCACAGGGGAGGAGCUACUGACAGUGGAAGAUGAUGGAAACUCAGACAUACUGGUUGUGACGACAAAGACAGGACUACUUGAGCAGCGUGUAGAGGAAGUUCAACAGGAGUGUAAAGAACUGCAGAAAGCACUACGCCUCCUCACACAGGAGAGAGAUCAGCUACAGGAGAGACAAAGACAACAGAACCAGGAGCUGCAGAAAGGCCUACUGGAGAAGAAGGAGGAGGCUCAAGCUAGAGUGAGACAACUUGAACAGGACCUGCUGGAAAUCAAGCAAAAAGCUAUUCUUAAAGAGACCGAAGUGGACUGUUUAAGAGACAGGCUACAGAAGGUGAUUUCUGAGCGGGACCGUCUACAGACUCAACUGAAGAGUGAGAGAGAUGAGAGGGAGCUUUACAAAUCUCACGUGCGCAGCGCCGAGCUGGAAAACACUAAACUCAGUGCAGAGCUGCAGAUGCUGAAGGCAGUGGAGCUGAACAGGGAGGUCACCAUCGCACAGUACCAGGAUGAACUACACCGACUACGCACAGAGAGAGACACACACCCCACCGAUGCCGGCCUGAAGGAGCACUUGUGUCAAGCUGAGGAGCAGCUCCAGGCCACACGGCAGCAGGCUGCUAUGUUGGGUUCUGAGUUACGUGAUGCCUCCGGCGGGCGAGAUCGCACCAUGGCUGAGCUGUACCGUGCCCGUCAGGAGGCUGAAGACCUCAGAGCCCGUCUAACUGAAGCCCAGGAAGAAUGCGGACAUGCUCAGAAUCAGCUGGACAGGAUGAGAAGCCAGGCAUCACAGGAAGUGGGCAGGGCUAGAGGUGGAGGGGGUGUGGUUUCAGAGCUGGAGGUGGAGCUACAAAAGGAGGUUGAGGAAUUAAAGCUGCGUCUGAAUAUGGCUGCAGAGCACUACAAAGAGAAAUACAGAGAGUGCCAACGUUUGCAAAGACAAGUCACCAAACUGACCCAGCAACAGGGGGACUGUAAUAGGAAUGACGCCUCUACAGAGACCACACAGGAGUUACACACACCAGAUGCAGAGACUCCACCCACAGAUCAAUAUACUGCCGAGAUCAAACCUGCGACAAAAAGAGAUGCCGGGAGACUGGGAGAUGAAGGUAGACCUGGACAGGAUGGGAAGGAAGAGGAGGAGGACGAUGAAGAGGAGGAAGAGGAUGAAGAAGAGUGCAGCGUGUCAGUCGAAGCUGAGCUUGCCUGCAUGGAGGUGAAAUGGAGUGAGCAGUGCACCAUCAAUGAAAACCUGAAGCUCCUACUAGCCAGUGAGGAGCAGUGGUUCAAAACUCAGAUGGCAGAGAAGGACAGAGAGGUGUCCGCUCUGAGGGAGAGUCUUGUGGUGGUGACCAGGGAAAAAGAGAGACUGGAAAAGGAGUUGCGGCAGUGUAUGAACAGUGUGGAGGCAGCAGGGAGUCAAAGGUCAGAGGUCAGAGAGCCAAUGAUGCUGCGUUACCCACUGCCCUAUGCAGAAGACCAACCUCCACUUCAACUGGUACCCCAACAACCUGCUGAACUGCAGUACGGAAACCCCUAUUCAGAGCAAGAGACCCGGGAUGGAGCAGAUGGGGCAUUAUCCCCAGAACAGACCUGCCGGCCCCCUCCUUUGGCUCCACCACUGUGGGGUGGUCCUGUGGUCUGCUGUCAGCCUUCACGCAGUCUCAGCCCCCCUGAUGGCCUGGAGAAUCCCACUGAGGAGAGGCCUAAUGGAGGUGAUGGUGAGGCCCCUGCAGUCUGCGAUCAUCAGAGCCUGGAAUCUAACCAGAGCCAUACCAGCUUCUGCUUUGACACCAGACCUGAUGUUCAUAAGCGGUGUCCCCUGUGCGAGGUGAUCUUCCCGCCACAAUUUGCGCAAAGCAGUUUUGAACGGCACGUGGAGUCUCACUGGAGGGUAUGUCCUGUCUGCAGCGAGCAGUUUCCUCUGGACUGCCAGCAGCAUCUCUACGAAAAGCAUGUGCACACACACUUUGAUGACAAUGUUCUGAAAUUUGACAACUUCGAUUAGAGAGGAAAAUAACAUUGAUUUGAUUUUGGUUCAAUAUAAAACGCCUCAGGUGAAUCAGGGGCUGUAGUGGGUUUUUUUUUUCAAAAACACGCUGAUGUUGUCACUUUGUCGUAACCGCUGCACAACUCAUGCCAGGAGGACUUGCCAUCAGAAUAUUCGAUUUGCACAUAGACAAGCAUUAAUUCAGAUAUUUAAGCUUCUAAGAGACAUAAUACUAUAAUAAUGGUCUUCAGGUGAAAUAGAUAUGUAAAAAAAAUAAAAAUAAAAAGCACUUUUUUAGUUUCAAAUUUUUGUGUACUACUGUAAAACUGAUUGCGCUUUAAAACAGACAGCUCUAGGUUGUUGUUUAUGAAAAUGUAGACUUAAUUUGAAAAAACCAAUGAUGCAAUGGCCCAUAAUAAAUAAACCCAAAUCACAAAAAUUACUCUAAAAUUGUUACCUCAGAGACAUUGAAUGCGUUAUGUGUGAAACACAGUCACUAAAAGACUAAAUUAAAGGGAUAGGUCAACUAAAAUAGAAGUUCUGACACCAUUUAAUCACCCUCAUUUUGUUCUAAAACCAUAUAACAUUCUUCUGUGAAACUAAUUGCUGGUUGUGCUUUAAAAGCAAUUACAAUAAAUGUGGACUGUAGCUUUUACGUUUCAGAAAAGAUGUAAAUUAUGUUUUUUUUUUUUAAGUUGAGCCAAUGAACUAAAUUAUUGAAGCCUGUUUCUUCCACAGCGUUGAACUCACAAUUCUGAGAAGAAAAAUAAUUGUGAGAAAAGAAGUUACAAUGGCUUUUAUUAUUAUUAUUAUUAUUAUCCAGUGGUGGGUGGAAACAAGCUUCCAUACUGAAUCAGUUGGAUUAGUGAAUGUUUUGUUUAGCGGCUCAACCAAUUCAUUUAUGAAGCUGGAGAGCUCCAGUCUCCAUUUAUUCUACUAGUAGCUCCUUUAAAUAAUCCAAUUAUUAUAAAAAAAAUAAUUCUGUGUGAUGAUGACAAAACAUUUGUUAUUAAGUGAACUAUUUCUUGAAGCUCAGUUUAAAUGAUCAAGUAACUCAAUCCAGAGCCAGUGUGCUAAAACAAAGGCUGUGCAACUUUCCAAUGCAUCAUUGGUUCAAACAUCUUUUAAUCGAACAACUUAAAACAUUCAGUUUCAGCAUUAUAUCCAUUACACAUUCCUGCUUGAAAUCCAUUUAUCUGACACAGCUGAUGCUUCACACUGUAAGGGUGCCAGGAAGUUGAACUUAGGGUCGCUCUGUGUUUGUGUGUAUCAAGUGUAUGUUUAUUAAUAAAGAAUGCUACAGCUCAAGCUCAUUAAACUAAACAUUUGUCCUUG